AAAAGUCACUUCCUCACAACAGUGUCCAAUGCCUCAACUGGAUCGUUCUAGGGUUUCCACGACCAAACUGAUCCUCUCUGUGGUCGCUGACAAUGACUACUACGGUGGAUCAUCGGCCGCCGUUCCCUUCAAAUGGGAAUCUCAGCCUGGAACUCCAAGACGACUCUCCAAACGAUCCUCCUCUUCCGGCUUCGAUUCUGAUUCUGAUUUCAAUUCUCCGGUUUCAGCACCACUCACACCACCUCCUUCUUACUUCUACGCUUCUCCAUCCUCUACUAAACCCGUAAACCCUAGGAAAACCAACACUCUCUUUGGUUCCUUGCUUCCCAAGAAUCGUAGUGUUCCUUCGUCUCCGGCUUCUUCUUCGUCAUCCUCGUCUUCGGUUCCAUCUUCUCCACUGAGGACAUCUGAUUUAAGUAGAAGGAGGAACAGAAGAAGAUCAAUGUGGUUUGAAUCUGCUUCGAGUUUAGACUAUGGAUCCAAUCAUUAUAAUAAUGCUAAAUCUUCUGGAUGUUACGCUUCCAUUGUCAAGGUGUUGCUCAGAUCAUGUUAAAUGAUUCUGCUUUUUAUUCUUCUAAUUUGUUAUUAAUUUCACUUUUUGUAAUCUCGGAAAACUAUGUUUCAUCGAUUCAUAUCAUCAUCUCCAUGAAUCAAUUGAUUGGAUCAUAUGCUUCUAUCAAACUCUUUAUCUUCGAUUUAUACGUGCUUUUGUAUAAUGAGACAUUCGCCAAAAAAACAGAACAUACUAUAAUGAGAUCAGAUCUAUUAUACAUGUUCAGUAAUUAGUAUUGCUCUACUUUUGUGCAGUCAUGUGAGACCACAAUAGAAUAACAGUUAACUU